AUGGAGCCAGAGGUCGAAGCCCCAGACAACAAUCACAACCUGGUCCCCUGGUCGGGUUCAGAUGGUUCCCAGGAACUUUGUGCCUCUGAGUCCUUGGCGGAGUCCUUUGAUGAGGAUGAUAUUAGUGAUGAGGACCCGUUAGAUCCGGAGCCUCCUCAUACCCCUAAGUCUGACCCUGGGUCCCCAGAACGCCCUCAGCCUCAAGAAUGGGAAUCUGCAGGUGAGCAACAGUCCCCGGCUGAACUUAUUGUAAGUGAUGAGGAUGUUUCUUACAAAGAAGAGGACAAUAUCUACCUCAGUGAAUCGAGAGAGUCUCCUCACAUCCAACCCUCCCCAGUAUCCCUGUCCCCACACCAAGAGCACCCUGACUCUGAGCCUCAGGCCAGCCAAACAUCCCCACUGCAUUCCCCGUCAUCUUCCUCCUCCCUUGGCUAUGCCGCUGACCUGACCCUGGCCUUGACCCUGACCACAGGGGGGCCGCAGGGAGCCAGUAAUAGGCAGGACCCAGCCCCUGGGAACAGGAGCAUUGGAUCUUCAGAGGAAGGAGGGAGUAGUGAAGCACCUCCUGCUCCUGUCGUCUUUGAAAUUGCAGACGAGGGUGCUGAGCAGGCAGAGAAGUGGAACUCAGAGUCUGCCACAGAUCUGUGCAGACCGGACAGGCACAGGGGAAGAUACACACGGCUCAAACACAGCGAGAGCCAAUCAGAAAGGCACGUGAAGGAGACCAAGUCUAAAUGUAAACGAAUCGCCCGCCUUCUAACUGAUGCACCCAAUCCUCAAAAUAAGGGAGCCUUGCUGUUUAAAAAACGUCGCCAGCGGGUCAAGAAGUACACACUCGUGAGUUACGGGACUGGCAAUAUAGAGGAGGAAUCCGAAGAAGUCCGAUCAGCAGCGUACAACUUUGUGGCGACGAGUGAUUCCGAGUUAGAGGAGGAGUAUUCUGUUCAUCACCAGCAGCGUAAUUUGAGUCUGAAUUGGGGAGGUGUUCAAGAAAUGGAGGCGCUACCAGAGACAAAAGGGAAGGGAGUUACGAUGUUUGUCCAACGCCGGAGGAGGAUGGACGAGAUUGUGUCAGAGCGUGAAGAAAUGAGGAAUAAAGGAUUAACCGUGGAGGCGCUAAGAGAGCCUGAAUGUACAGAAGCACAGACUAUGUAUGACACUAAGAAAAUGUACAUGCUUAACAACCAGGCCGACUACAUGGAUGCAAGUCACAAGCAGCAUGAAUACCAAGAAAAUAACCAACAGAUGAACCACCUAGCCAAUGUGCCAAGACCCCUGGUGCCGAACAGAACUGCAAGGCCCUUCGUAGGAUUUCAACAUGGCCCAACUGCUGCCGUCAUGCCUCAUGGCGCUGUACCUGUCACAAGGAAGAACGAACCAAGAUUCAAAGUAUCUGUGCCUAUCAACACUAUCCCACAUGUUUGGUCCCCGACUGGAGACAUCAUAGCCUCAAGAGAUGAGCGGAUAUCUAUGCCAGCUAUCAAGUCGGGGAUGCUGCCAGAGUCAAAAAGGAAAGGCACCAAUAAGCAGUCGUCAGCGCUGGCACAAGAAUCAAAUCCCCACCUACAGCGCCAAGGGGAAAGGAGGUCUUAUAUUGAGGCAGAGGAAGACUUCUUUAGUCUCGGAGCUGAAGCUUGCAACUUUAUGCAGCCAAGAACAAUAAAACUCAAGAAUCCCCCUCCAGUGGCUCCAAAACCCACCAUCAACCCAUCCUGUCCACCUUGGUUGAGCAGGAGUCCCUCUGGGGAACCGUUUCCUGUUCCACAUCUUUCUCAAGGCCCCGGAGCACCUCACAGUCAGCAUUACUUACAGCAGCAAGAUUGGGUUCAGCAGCAACAGAUGGUCGACCGUUGGGCACCAGAUCAAACUCAGGCAACACUUCAAACACCUGCCAACGCCUGGGCUCCGGUCGACCCCUCUCCUCAGCUUCAUCUUCAUCCAACCACAAAUAGCUGGAAUCAGCAGCCUGUGAGUAUCCAGGCCCGCAGUCCUACUUACAGCCCACAUCACCCACCUUCACCCUCAAGGGAUAAGUCCGACAGUGUUCCAAACUCAGUUGCUUCUUGCCCACCAAAAUUAGGGAAGCCAUAUGUCCAGGCACCAAAAGCAGCGCAGCCUUCUCCAAAGACUGGAGUCUCAGACAGAGGUGUUAAUCGACCUGGUGAUGGUCCAACUAUGGCAGGAAAAGGUGCACAGCUGUUUGCCAGAAGACAGUCCCGCAUGGAGAAGUUUGUUGUUGAUGCAGAAACUGUGCAGGCGAAUAAAAGGAGAUCCCCCUCCCCUGCCUCCUCCCUCCCUAACUUCUGGAGGUAUUCUUCCAAUAUCCGCGCCCCUCCCCCUUUAUCGUACAAUCCCCUUCUUGCUCCUUUCUACCCUCCAUCAGCAGGCAAGCAACCCCCACCCACAAGCUCCAAGGCCAAGCCUAAGACCAAAGAUAAACCUAAAGCACCCUCAAAGCACCUAAAUGCCUUAGAUAUCAUGAAACAUCAACCUUAUAAGUUGGACUCAUCACUGUUCAAGUAUGAUGCAGUCCCUGAGGCCAAAAGCCACUCCCCCAGCCCCAGCCCCAGCCCCAGCCCCAAACCUACUCCGGCAUCAAAGUUUGAGGCCAUAAAAAGUCUCAAACUUAGAUCUGCCUCUUCUCAUUCUACUUAUAAUAACACAUCUGAGCUCGCUGUUCAGGCCAAGGCAGAAGCACCCACUAAGUAUCCUGGAUCGGGAUUUGGUCGAAGCCGCUCCCUGAGCCUGCCCAGGCGACUGAAUUCGAUGCCCUCGCACAGACUUCUGUCCCCUGUGAGCACACCAGGGAACCAGGGGUCAUUUCUACCUGCACAGAGGAAAAUGUCCUUUCAGGAGAGUGCCUAUAAGCCACUGUCACCAUGGGAGGCAGCAUCCAGGAGCCCCAUUGGUGCAGUGGACGAGGCGUUUCUGUUCCAGAGCCUGCCGUCAUCUGUUGCCACUAAUGUCAAAGCUGCAGGGCAACGCAUGUCCCUGCCAGAGCCUCCAGAUGAGUGGAAGCGCAGGGUGUCUCUUGAUCCUGCAGCUGUCAGUAGGAGUCAUUAUCAUGCGGCUCCUGGUUUCCAGGCCCCAUCUCUGAGCAGGACAUUUUCACCUGAGAAAGCAGCCUUCUAUGGGCCUCCCUUCCGACCUGCCCAGCCUCUCAGGCCGGCCAGGAUCGGAUACAUGGGACAAGGCCCUGGUCCAACAAACUACUCUCCCCUCUACACUGCAGCCCCAAGAAGUUCAUUCUACUGA